AUGGUUAUUUCCUGGUUGACUAAUUCCCUAUCCCCGGACAUAGCUGAGAGUGUUCAAUACUCGGAUACUGCUGAAAGUAUUUGGGGUCAGCUUAAUAGAAGAUAUGGUUCAGUUAGUGGAAUUAAGGUGUUUGAGAUUAAGCAAGAGAUAACAUCUACUCAUCAGGGUUCAUUGAACAUUGCUUCCUAUUUCAACAAACUCAAGAAGUUAUGGGAUGAACUGAGGUUUAUGUGCACUAAUCAUGCCAACACUUGUGUUUGUGCUGCUAAACCUGGACUUCAGAAGGAGGAAGAGGAGAACAGAUUACACCAAUUCCUCAUGGGUCUGAAUGAGACCUAUGUUGGUGUUAGGAGCAACUUGCUCAUGAUGCAACCUCCACCUUCUCUCGAUACUGCUUAUAGUAUCCUCCUCCAAGAUGAAAAGCAGAGGCAAAUUACUCCUAAUUCUCAUUUCCAGGGUGACUCUGCUUCUUUUCAUGUCAAUCUGAACAAUAAAUCUGCCCCUCCUAGACAGUUUGUCCAGAAAGUCAGUUUUGAUCAGAACAAGUCUUCUCUUUUAUGCAAGUAUUAUAAGAAACCUGGACAUUUGAUUGAUAAAUGCUAUAAGCUCCAUGGAUUUCCACCAAACUUUAAAUUCACCAAAGGUGAACGAACUGCUGCAAAUGUUGAGGUGCAGAGUUCAGCUUGUGCUUCUGAAUCUGCACCAGUUUCCACUGAGAGUCCUGUUGAUUCUAAUUUUGUGAUUCCUGGUCUGUCUAAGGACCAGUAUGCUCAGCUCCUGGUGUUACUUCAGCAACAUCACAUUUCAGAGUCUCUCCCUUAG